UAUUGAGUUUCUCGUCCUGCUUGAAGGAGAGAGGGAACAUGAAGGGGAUUCGGGGAAUCAGUCAUCUGUCGAGGAGUCUUUAUGCAGCCCAGGCUGCUCCUAAGUUGGAUGUGGCGGCAGCUGCGGAGCCAGUAAAGUUUCUGCCGCGGGAAGUGCAGGUGACCAAACUACCCAGUGGUUUGGUGAUUGCAUCCCUGGAAAACUAUUCUCCCGCGUCCAAGAUCGGAGUGUUCGUGAGAGCCGGAAGCCGCUAUGAGACCAUGGACAAUCAGGGCGUCACUCACUUGCUCCGUCUGGCCUCCAGCCUGACAACCAAAGGAGCUUCUGCUUUCAGGAUCUGCCGUGGUAUCGAGGCUGUUGGAGGCAGUAUGAGCGUGACUUCAUCCAGAGAGAACAUGGUCUACACAGUGGACUGCCUGAGAGAUCACAUUGACACAGUCAUGGAGUAUCUCAUCAACGUGACCACUGCACCUGAGUUUCGGCCCUGGGAAGUUUCUGACCUCACUCCCAGAUUGAAAUUAGACAAGGCCAUUGCCAACCAAAACACACAGAUCGGUGUCAUUGAAAGUCUUCACGCAGCUGCAUACAAAAAUGCUCUCUCCAACUCGCUGUACUGUCCAGAUUACAUGAUUGACAGAAUCUCCACAGACCAGCUGCACUCCUUUGUCGAAAACAACUUUACAAGUCCAAGGAUGGCCCUUGUUGGUCUUGGUGUGGAUCACACUGUGCUGAAGCAGGUCGGGGAGCAGUUCCUCAACAUCCGCGGAGGGAUGGGCACCGCCGGCUCGAAGGCUGCGUACCGCGGAGGCGAGCUGCGUGUGCAGACCCAGAGCGGACUGGUGCACGCGGCCGUGGUGAGCGAGGGAGCAGCCACGGGUUCGGCCGAGGCCACUGCUUUCAGCGUGCUGCAGCACGUUCUGGGAGCAGGCCCUCACGUAAAACGAGGCUCCAACACCACCAGCAAGCUCUGCCAGGCGGUGGGAAAGGCUAGCACUCAUCCUUACGACGUGUCUGCUUUCAAUGCCAGCUACACAGACUCAGGCUUGUUUGGAGUGUACACCAUUUCCCAGGCAGCUGUAAUUGGUGAUGUAAUUAAUGCUGCUUUGGCCCAGGUGAAGGCCAUUGCGCAGGGUAGCCUCACUGCAGAGGAUCUAAGUCGAGCCAAAAAUCAGCUCAAGGCCCAGUAUCUGAUGUCCUUGGAGAGCUCAGAAGGUUUGUUAGAAGCAGUGGGCACACAGGCAUUAGCAGAAGGCACUUAUCACUCACCUGAGGCAGUGACCCAAAAAAUUGAUGCUGUUUCUUCAAGUGAUGUUGUUAAUGCCGCAAAAAAGUUUGUGUCUGGCAAGAAAUCCAUGGCCACCAGUGGAAACCUGAUUAACACACCCUUUGUGGACGAAAUUUGAUCAUCAACCAAUAUUCUUCUAACAGUUAUUUUAAUUGUACACCAUGUCUGAAUAUUGAUGCAAAAAGAAGGGGGGGGGGCGGUCCUUUGUGUUGGCUCAACACAGCAGUGAUGUUUUCAGACCAAUUCUUCUUGGUGGUUGUACCAUUUUAUUAAGUCUAGAAACUUCCACACUUGUCCAUUUGAAAAUGUAUAGUUGAUGUAAAAUAAUAAUUAAAGCCUCUACUUAUCAAACAGC